UGAAGUGAAGACCCGUUUGUAUUGAAGUGUUCAGUGAUUCAGCAAAUCGUCGCUCAAAGCAAUUGUCACACAAAACACUCACAUCUGAUCCCCACUGAAGACACCACUGAAGACACGAUGGUUUUGGAGAGUACUAUCAUUUGUGUGGACAACAGUGAGUUCAUGAGGAAUGGCGACUUCGUGCCGACGCGUCUUCAGGCACAACAGGACGCGGUCUCAAUGGUGUGUCACUCGAAGACCAGAUCCAACCCCGAGAACAACGUGGGUUUGUUGACACUGGCGGCCAACCCGCAGGUGUUGAGCACAUUGACCACAGAUGUCGGACGCAUUCUGUCGAAACUUCAUGCCGUGGAACCGAUCGGUGAGAUAAAUCUGAUGACAGGCAUACGAGUGGCACAUUUGGCACUAAAGCACAGACAGGGGAAGAACCAUAAGAUGCGAAUUGUGGUCUUCGUUGGAAGUCCUGUCGAUUCGGAUGAGAAGGAGUUAAUAAAAUUAGCCAAACGUCUGAAGAAGGAAAAAGUGAACGUCGAUGUCGUGAACUUCGGUGAGGAACAGGUGAACACCGAUAAGUUGACCGCAUUUAUCAAAGCACUCGAAGGCACGGCUUCCCAUUUGGUGACUGUCCCUCCCGGGCCUCAUCUG